AUGGAGAUCAGCUGUGAUCUCGACCUUCGACUCCGUCUCAGCAGCAGCGGGACCGAUUCCGGCACCGUCGGAUCCAACGGGUUAGUGGAGUUCCUGGGCAAGUCGAAGGAGUCCCAGCAGCAACAGAUCACCCUAUUCUACAAUGGUCGAAUCUGUGUCUGCAAUCUCACGGAUACCAAGGCAAGAGCCAUCAUCUCCAUGGCCAAGAGACAGAUGGAUGAACAACAAGCGAAGGGCUCAUCAUUCCUGCCUCGAGAUCCGCCACCAUCUCCUCAUCCUCAUCCUCCGGAGCAGCUCCUGAUCAAUCCUGGGCUCGCCAUGAAGCGAUCACUGCAGCUGUUCCUUCAGAAAAGGAAGUCCAGAGUGCAUUCCCUCUCUCCCUACGCCCCUUGUCCUCUGUGACGUCAACCUAGCAAGAACAGUAUUGAUGACGUGGUGUUUCUUACGGUGAUAGCAGUAGCAUGGAUUGUUUUCUUUCCUUUCUGAGAUUUCCCCUCAUUUCUUCAGCAAGUCAAACUUCCGGAUUGUAAAGUCAGCGUACAGAUAAAUAAAUUGUGAUAUGAUCUCCGACAUUUGCUAUUAA